ACCAAGUGCCAUGGAACACAAACGUCAGUCAUUGGCAACUGCAAUUUCUCAGUCUCAAGGUCCUCGUCAUGAGAGAUUAAUAGACAGAUUUAGUAAUCUUCCAGAUGAAGUUGCUCAUCACAUUCUUUCCUCCCUCACUUUAAGAGAUAUCUGCCGAGUGGGCUGUGUGUCAAAAAGGUGCAUGCAGUUUUUUUUAUCCACUCCGUCGUUGAACUUUGAUGUAAGGAGUUUCGGUAGGCGGCAGCGAUUGAAGUUGUUAGGUUAUUUGGAAAGGUUCUUGAGUAAACGUGGUGAUAAUAAGAUACAACAUUUUCGUAUACGUUGGUUAUGUCGAGAUGAUGAUGCAAGCAGCUAUUAUGAUGAGUAUUUUCGAGUGAUCAACUGGAUGUAUACAGCUGUAAGAUGUAAUGUUGAAGUACUUGAUCUUUACUUUCCAGGUAAAUAUGAGCUAGGGAGACCAGUACUAGAAUUACCGUCCUGCAUCUUUCUCUGUCAAUCUUUGAGGUCACUAAUGGUGGACUUGCAUGGGGAUAAGCUUCUUAAAACUCCCUCCUUUGCUUGUUUCACUACUCUACAAUGCCUAAAAUUGAGCAGUGUUACGAUAGAUGAGGAGUUUUGCAAAUGGAUUUCAUGUUCAUGUAAAUGCAUUAAAGAGUUAGAGCUUGAAUCCGUUGUUGGGAUAGAAAAAAUAUGCAUUGAAAGCUCAUCUUUAGAAUCAUUUCGAUUUGUGCCUAGUUACCGUCAUGUUUGCCAUCUCAAUAUCUCUGGGGAAAAACUUGAAAAUAUACAAAUGUACUGGAUUUAUCAAUUAAGCAAGCUAAGUAUUUUCGCUCCCAAUCUUAAACGUUUGAAAUGGAAAGGGAGGGUGGCAAGUCGCCUAAAUCUGGAGAAGGUCAUGUGUUUGGAAAAAGCUGAGAUUUUUCUCCAGCCUAGGAUAAAGGCUGAUUUUGGCAAUUUAUUUGAGGCGUUUUGCAGUAUUCAGAGAGUUGAAGUUCUUAUGCUAAAUGUAGCGAUCAUGAAGGCUCUAUUUUGGAAAGGUUCCAUGCCGGGAUUAUUAGCUCAUGUUGGUCACUUUUGUGUGCGUGACAUGAGCUUGACGGAUCACCUAGUCAAAGUAAUGACCUCUCUGCUUAAACGAAUGCCUAACUUGCAUACUUUGCACAUUGUAACCUCAAAAUCUGUUUGCUGUGCAUCUGGAAAGUUUAGUAACAAAUAUUGGAAGCUCAAAAACCUAGCUUGUAUUAAUCAGCUUAAAGAAGUAACAUUUGAGAUUUCCAAUAAUGGGACGAAUGAAUGGGAGUUAGCAAGGUAUAUCAUCGAGAAUGCUAAGAAUUUGAAGAAACUGUUCAUAUAUUAUGUGCCCAAUCAGUUUACUCUCUUUAGGGAGAUAACUGAAAGCGCGACGAACUCCCCCGCCACAGUUGAGUUUAAGGUAUAUGAUAAAUCCAGAAGAGUUUACAAUGAUGAUCUUAUUAGUCCUGAUGUACAACAGAAGACUAAUUGAAUCGUCUUCCCGAAUAAAAAGCAAAGGUUUCUCUCCUUAUUUGCCAAUUCCAGCUACUUCUUUCUCAUCUCCUUUGCCUCUUUGCAUUUCUAUUUCAUUUUGGCCCUUAAUUUCUUGUGUUGUUUGAGCUUUUGUCUCAACUUUCCUAAGCUUGUCUCAAUUUUAGGCUUUUAUGGACCCUUUUCCUCAUAUGUAACUUCCCAUUGUCAGUCUUCCACCUCCAAUCUCUGCUACUCGGCUCAUCA